CUUUCUCCUAAUCUAGAACAUUUACAAUUAUAAUACUUUACCCCAAGUUGCGCUUUAAGAAAAUGAAAAUUACUCAAGUUCGUCUGAUCUGUCUUCCGACUGAAAGUUUACUUCUUCCAGUCUGAAACUGAACUCCUAAGAGAAAGCCAAUGCAAGCAGGGCUUAUAAUAGCCCUCCUGCAGACUCCUCCCACUGAGUUGUCCUGGGAAACACUAACAACUGUAAGAAAGUGCAGUCAGUCCUUCUACUUGUGAUCGGGGAAACCGCAGCUCAUCUAUUUCACUCUACCGUACUAACUUCAAAACGUUUAAAAGGACAUUUUGGCCCAGGUCCAAAGUCUACCAGCCCUUCCAUCCACUAGGAGGAUUAUUAUGCAUCCAAAAGCUUCUGUUUCUUCUUCACACUGAGCUCCAUCUGCUUGAGUGACAUGAAACUCAAUCCACAGCAAGCUCCACUGUAUGGGCGCUGUGUCAUCGCUGUGCAGCUCACUGAUGAAGAACUUGCUGCGGAUGAGGAGGGCGUGGACUACUUCCUGCUGUUUGCUGGCAGCACACAGAGGCACCUGACCAGCACCCUAAGGAGCAAUCAUGACACCUUGCAUGCACUGUGUCCCGCUCAUGAUUGUUGCGAGGUGGUGUUGGUCACCUUGUGUUCAGUCAGCCGAAGUGUCCCCAAGGCCCCCGAGGACCUGAAGCCCUGUCUGGGUCGCGUGGCUCCACUGGCUGAGCAUCGGUUCAGCUUUGUCCAGGAUUUGGCUUUUGACAUGGCCCAGUUCCUGGUGAGCACAGCGGGCCGCGAUGACGGCCUCGAUGGGGCGCUGCUGCUAGAUGAGUGUCAGAUUCCCCUGCAGGAGUGUGAACGCCUGGACGAAAGCCUGGCUCUUGCCCUUCACCAUCUUGUGCUGCCUCCAGGAUGGAGCUUACUGGGGAGAAAACUAACCAACAGCACUGAGUUGAAUCCUCAGGAGACUCUGCUGCAUUUCUCAGCGCGCCGGGGUCUCUUUCGGGUUACGGACUUCUUGCUGCAGCAGUCUGGAGCAGGAGAAGCGCUGCGACUGGCCAACAGAGAAGGCCACACCCCCUCCACCAUUGCAGCCCUACGAGGACACGAACGCCUCCAUGAGCUCCUCACAAAGGCUGAGACGGAUACAGAGACAGACAAAGGGACUGAGACUGUCCAGCUGGUCUCUACGGAUGCCCGGGUAGUUUGCCACCUACCUAGGCUGAACACACACACUCUGACGCUGAGCAUCCGCCCUGGCCACGACCCUCCAACCCUUCAAAGGAACGUGGAGCAGCUGCUGCACUUGAUAUGCCAUCUCCAUGCCACGGGAGUUUCUGAAUUGGAGCUGCAGUUUGAUUCUCUGCACACAGCUGCUGAAUGCUGUGAUGGUGUACAAACAGAGCUAACCUGUCUGGAGCGACUACAGCAGCCUGCUCUAGCAACACAGUGCCUGGAUACAACAACAGGGGGGAGCUGCAUAGAAAACUGCUCAGUGGAAAGCAGCAGUGGUAUUGAUUGUGGACAUGGUGAGACUGGGAAUGCAGAGAAAGACUGGAGUUUGUCUGUAAAUCUUCCUACGUCAGAGGUUGGUUCCCAGGAGCAUGGCCUUGCCCCCCCAGAGGACUGGGUGUGUCUCAGUUCAAACACUGGGAGAGAUUACUGCCAAACGGAGGAGGAGGAGGGAAGAGUGCAGUGCGUUGUUUUCACCCAGAGUCUUAGUUUGAGUGACAGGAGCAAAGGAGCACAGAGUGAGGCAGAAGGGGAGAGCCUCACUGUGGGAAUCCCACCACCAGCAGGCUGUGGUCAACAGGCAGAGGAAACUGAUAGAGGAGAGCCUGUGAUUCGGGAAGGACAGGAGGCCACAAAGGAAAAGGAAACAUCAGAGCAGGAAGCAGAGGACAGCACAGCUAGAAGGAGGGAGGAGGAGACCAACUCAGAGUCAACAGAUCUGAUAACAACGAGUGCAGAAACGAAAGCUUCAGUCAUGGGCCAGGCUUCAUCGUCAGAGGGCUUUGAUUCGGAGUGCUGUGAGGAAAGAGAGAAUGUCGGGAAGGAAGAGAGGAAACUGAGCCAGGAGCUCUGCGAUGGACUCUCUGUAGAUGAGGAUAGGACAGAGAGUGAAGGGUUAAUAGACCCUGUCUCAACCCUAGGGGACCGCCCUUUCCCUUCGCUGAUAGGCUGCAGUGAUGUAAUCGAGGGGUCUGAAUCUUCUGUUCCACGUCUCUGGAUAGAAGGCCUCCAUGAGGGGGAACCUCCACCAGACAUGAACAGCCUGGAACAAAACCAGGAAACAGCUGUUAGGGAUUACGCUACAGACCAGCAGUGGGGCUUGGCUCAGGAAACUGGUUGUCAUUCUGGGAAUUGUACUGAAACAGCUUGUGGUAAAGAGUUAGAUGGUGAAGACGUAGCUGAAACUUCUGGUUACAGUAUUAAAAGUACAAGUGUGCCUUGUUUGGACCAACCUGAUAACACAGCUGAUCAUCAGAUCGCGGGUAAUUCCAUGGAAGAUAUAUGGACCGAUCCUUUGCCUGAAACAACGCCCAGCUCCAGUAACGGACAUGGUGAUCUUGAUCCUGGGGUGACCCAUGGACUCUCCAGUGAUGACGAUGUUGUCAGCUUCCGAUCGGUCGGAAGCUCCACAACAGAAAUAUUCCACCCCACUCAGGAUAAUGCUAGUACGGAGGAUCAGGAUUUUCUUGAAACCACGACAGCAGAAUUGUCCCCUACAGGAUUCAAGAUGGAUGAAUCAAGCGAUUCAAACCCCAGUGAAGACAAUGAUCAUUCACUGACUGUAGAUGCAGGGCUUCUCUUGGAGCCGGACACUGUCAGUGCACUGACAGCGACAGACUGCAGCCAGACUGGCACUGAGCCUGAAUUACAACUGUCACCCAGCCUUCAGACAAUGGAGGUUUUGAAUAGUGAAGGGACAGGAGAGGAACUCGACCCAGAACUUUCCAAAGAGGUUCUGUCGUUAGAUCCAACGUUAUCAGAGAGUAGGGGCACUCCAACGGUGCAGUUUGAUGAAAGUUAUACUGAAGAGGCCAGAAACUCUGAACUGAAAGCAGGGAUUGAACACUUGGCACCAGAGGUCACUAGUGGGUUUUUAUUUGACCCCAGUCCAUCUGUUGCAGAAGAAAAUGAAGUGAUUGACCCAGCUGAAGGAGACCAUCAGUCGACAGAGACCAGUGAUAAAUGUGCAGUGGACUCAGCUGAAAAGAGUGGAGAUGUGCAAUUAGUGCUACAGCAAUCCAAAGAGAAUAACUCAGAGAUGACAGCAGAUGAGAGAUCACCUGAUGAGGGAUUAAAGCACUCAGAGAAUCAUGAUGAUGUAUGUACAUCACAGGGCGUCACUGUACUUUCAGAUAGUGCAGAUAUUACAGCCUUGGAAGUAGAGCCACCUUCUCCAAAUACUGAAGCAGCCAGUGAAUCUCAUGUUGAGAAUGAGAUGACUGAAAAUCCAAAGAAUCUUGACACAGUGGAUGGAGCCUCAGAAGGUGCGACUCAAGAGGUGGAAGUUAUCAUGUCUGAAGAAACUGUAAUUGCUGCAGAGGAGCAAGAAACAUCUGAGGAAACAGACUUCUCCACGAUUCACCGAGACAGAGAGACGUCGUUCCAUCAGCCUUGCAACACUCAACACUCAGGACCCUCACGGUCUUCACCGUCUCCCAGUUUGCCCAGCAGAACGAGCAGUGCCACCAGCUGUCCCUCUGCAGCUCACAGAGACUCUGGCAGUGACAUAGAAAGCUUCCUGAACGCAGAACCCGGAUAUGACAGUGUCUUCAGAAAGAAUGAUGAACCAGUGACAGGAGGAGACAGUGCCAGCGAAGUUUCGGUCUCCUGUUCCUCCACAGACGACACCGCCAGCGUUGGUCCAUCCAGCUCCAGCCUUGAAGGCAGUCAGGGCCUGGAAUGCAGCUGGAGCCCAGAGGAGGGCAUUCAGACCGGGACUUCUAUCACUGCAGGACUGGACAGUGGUGGAGGAGGAGUAGGAGACGCUGAAGAAGAGGCCAAAGACAGAGUGACAGAGGUCCCUCGGCGCUCCUGUCUCUUCCGGAACAGCAUUCGGUCCUUGUCACCUCUUCGCCGCCACAGCUGGGGUCCUGGAAAGAACAACGGAGGAGACGCAGAGAUGAACAAGAGGAGUUCCGUCCGUAGCCCUGGUGAGGGGAAGCCGACCUUUCACAGAAGAAGCUACAGCCUGGAGGGGCUCAGUGGGGCUCAGGAGGAGUUGAGGGCCCCCCCCACCCAGGGGCCCAGAAUCCUGGAGCCUACGAGGAUGCCCCGGAAUGACAGCGAUGACAGGGGCUCCCUGGUCUCUCUGACAGAGGAGCAGGAGGAGCUGGGGGAGCAUAGCAGACUACAUGACCUGAAAUCAAGGCGGUAUCGACCACUGCGAAACAGUUGUCCCCCCAUGACCCUGCCCCUCACCAAGUCUGUAUCCAUGCUCGCUAUCAGCCAGAGAGACAUUGAUGGUAUGAGGUCGUUUUCCAGCACCUCUGGGUCAGUAGCGUACAGCAUUUCAGAGGAGGAGCCUGGCCCUCUGCGGAGUGACACUGAGGGAAAGAGUGUGACAAAAGUCAGCCGGACCUUCAGCUACCUCAAAAACAAGAUGUACAAAAAGACCCGGGAAAAAGAAAGAGAGAAAAAAGAGAAGGAGAAGGACGGCAAAGAGAAGGACAAGAAGGCGGUUAAUGGUCAUCUGUUCACACCAGUCAGCUCAGGCCAGGCAACCCGCUGCUCCCAGUGCAAUAAGACUUUCAGCAGCAAGGAGGCUUUCCAUUGCACGCACUGUAAUGCCUCUGUCCACAAGGGCUGCAGAGAUAGUUUGCCUGUUUGUGCCAAGGUGAAGAUGAAGCUGCCCAAACAGCAGUUUGCAGUACCAGAUUCAAGCUCUUUUCCAACAGUCACAAUGAGGAACAAAUCUGGUGGGACGAGGGAGCGCCCCUGGUCAGCCAUCUUGUCCCCUGAAGACCAUUCAUCCCUGAUGAUACCAUCAUCACGGAGACACACCAGCAUCAUGACCUUCCAUGGCAACAACCUCUCCAAAAGUCUGUCCAUAAGCAACAUCGCUGGUCCAGUGUUUGACGAGAUGCCCAUUAAAGGCUUGCGGUAUCUCUCCCAGUCUACUGACUCCCUCAAUAGAACCAACCAGGUUACAGAGUCCAUGGAAUCGCUGACUGAUGAAGGGACGGAGAUGAUGGAUGGGCAGCUGAUGGGAGAGUUUGAGGCAGAGGCCAAGGAGAUGGAAGCUGACUCGUGGAGUUUAGGUGUGGAGCAGCAGCAUCUGCAACAGCUGGACAAAGAGUUGGUGAAGAGACAAGACGUCAUCUAUGAGCUGAUGCAGACAGAGAUGCAUCACAUUCGGACAUUGCGUAUCAUGUCAGAAGUCUACAGCAAAGGCCUGCAGAAGGAGCUGCAGCUGGAGCUGCAGACAGUGGAGAAACUGUUCCCAGCUCUAGAUGAACUCCUGGAGCUCCACACACAGCACCUCCUCCGCCUCCUGGAGAGGAAGAGGGAGAGUCAGCUGGAAGGAAUGAGUUUGGAUGGCGGUUUCAUCAUCAACAGAAUAGGAGACAUUUUGGUCAGCCAGUUUUCCGGAUCUAAUGGUGAAAGCAUGAAGAGGGUUUACGGAAGAUUCUGCAGCCGCCACAACGAGGCCGUAAACUUCUACAAGGACCUCCUGACCAAAGACAAACGCUUUAAAGCUUUUAUCAAAAAAAAGAUGAGUAGCAGUAUUGUGCGGAGGCUUGGCAUCCCAGAAUGCAUCUUGCUAGUGACCCAGAGGAUAACAAAGUACCCGGUGCUGAUUCAGAGGAUGCUGCAGCACACUAAAGAGAGCGAGGAAGACUAUGGCGACCUGACAGAGUCAAUUCGGCUUGUGAAAGAGAUAAUUGCAGCGGUUGAUAGCAAGGUGAAUGAACACGAGAAAAGACGCCGGCUGAAGGAAUUUCACAGCCGUAUGGACAGCAAGUCCAUCAUGAUGAUGAAGAGCGGUCAGAUUUUCGCCAGGGAGGAUCUGCUGAGGAGGAGGCUAAUCCACGAUGGAGUGUUGCAGCUGAAGAACAGCCAGGGAAGACUAAAAGAUGUCCACGCUCUGCUACUAUCAGAUGUCUUUGUCUUCCUCCAAGAGAAAGACCAGAAAUAUGUCUUCGCCAUGCUGGACCAGCGCUCCACGGUCAUCUCCCUCCAGAAGCUGAUUGUGAGGGAGGUUGCUAACGAGGAGCGCGGCCUCUUCCUCAUCACGGCAGGCAUCGAAAAGCCAGAGAUGAUGGAGGUGCUGGCCAGCUCAAAGGAUGAGCGCAACACCUGGAUGCAGCUCAUUCAGGAAGCCAUGCAGUCCAUGGAGAAGGAUGAGGAUGAAGGUAUUCCCAGUGAGACAGAAGAUGACAAGAGACAAUUGGAGACUAAAGCCAAGGAGAUGAGAGAUCUGUUGAAGCAGAAGGACACGGAGAUCAUGUCUCUGCUAGAGGAGAAGGUGCAGCUGUUCAGGGGGAUGUGGGAGGGCUUGAAUACAGGCGAUGACGUCUGCCGGCAGGUCGAACCUUUCUUCAGGUCAGCCUGCAGCCAGGAGCUGCCCAGAGGAGCAUCUGUCAUGAGGGAUGCCCUGCAGGAAGUGGAGACAUUACAGGCACUGGUGACCGGCAGCCUCGGCGGGGCCAUGGCCAGCGUCCAGGAGGGAGGAGGCGCGGGGCCAGUGUGUUUGCCCCGUCGGGCCGAGACCUUCGGAGGCUUCGAUAGUCACCAGAUGCACAGCAGUAAGAGCGGAGACAGAGAUGAGAGCGAGGAUACAGCGGGAGAUCUGCGCAGGACGGAGUCCGACAGCGUUUUAAAGAAGGGAGGAAACGCCAACGUGCUGCUGCUGCUGAAGAGGAACAGUGAGCAGGUCCUCAACAGUGUCUCCAAUUUGCAUCUCCUGCUCAGCACUCUGCAGGCGGUGGUGGUUCAGCAGGACAGUUUCAUAGAGGAUCAGCGGCAGGCUCUGAGCGAGCGCUCCUCCUCCUCCUGCGCAUCUUUGUCUCGGGCCUCGCGGCCCAGCUCGCUGAUUGAACAGGAGAAGCAGCGUAGCCUGGAGAAGCAGCGGCAGGAGCUGGCAUCCCUGCAGAGACAGCAGGCAGCUCAUGCUGAGGAAAAGAGGAGAAGGGAGAAGGAGUGGGAGCUGAGGGAACAGCGGCUGAAUGACAGGGAGGGGCUGCUCCAUGCACAGCAGGAAGAGGAGGUCCUGAAGCGGCACAAGGAACUGGAGGAGGAGAAGCGGGAGCUGCAGCGUAAGAAGGAGGAGUACCAGAAAGACUUGGAGAGGCUGAGAGACGCCCAGAGGAAGCUGGAGAGGGACAGGGAGGCUGUGCAACGGCAGCUCAACAAGAUGGAGGAGGUUCGUAUGGCUGAGAGGACUUCCUCUACAACAUCUGAUGAAUCCCUGUUCCCUGGCAGCUCCCAAUCUCUGGAGCUGGGCCCGUCAGAGCUCACUUCCUCCCUUCAGAGGCCGCAGUCCCAGCGGUCUAAGUCCAAAGGGAAAGGUCUCAAUCCUUUUACCUCAUCCUCCACCAACCCCAACCUGAAGGCCGGUGAAGCCAACAACCAGAUCUCAAAGAGCCUGCUGCAGCUGGCCAAGAACAAGAGCAAAGAGGGGAAAGAGAAGAAGAAGAAGAAGGGCAAAGGAGGGAGCGCACAGACAGCAGACCCCCAGCACCUCCCAGAGCCUCCUCUGGAUGGAGAGAUCUUCUUCUGCUGAGAAAAGUGGCUCUCCUCAUCCUCCUCCUCCUCCUCCUCCUCAUCACCAUCAUCAUCGUUAUCAACCCAUCACAUCCGUUCUGACAUCUAGAGGAAUGAGUUACUACCAAGGAGUAAUACAUUCAUCUACAUAUGUAAUACUGAUUUCUGGCACCUUUAAAAUCCCCUUGAAAGGACUUUUAGAUUUUUUCCGUUGUAAUGUAGAGCUGUUUAACAUUACAGACAAGACAAAGACAGAAAAUAUAUUUUCUUGUAUUUUUACAACAAAAACACUGCUUUUAGUUUCUGGAAAGUAAAAUAUUUUAGGGAUUCUUUUCGGUACAUGAAGGUGUGCAACAUGAAAUAGGAGUACAUUUCUUGGUAUCCAUUAGCAGAGACACUGUGGUUACAUGACAGAGGAUUAAUUUCUUCAUUUUGAAGAAUGAUAAAUUUUGUGCUAGAGUAUCAAACUGAAAGCUUGUCACAGCAGGUUGCCUCACAGGCUCUGCCGAGUGUGUCACAGGCUUCACUGACUUUCUGCUUCUGUGUGCGUUAUGGCCCCGACCAGGCCCCUGUUCAACAGUCCGUCCCAUCAUUAAGCUAAACAUCAACAGGGUGUUAUGCUCAUUUGCACAAGCCCUUUUCCAUGCGACUGAACCCACACAUACAAGGACACAGACGUACCCAAAUUCCACUUGGAAAGAGAUAUGGAUGUCACUGAGGUCCAUGUGGCACUGGAAGCUCCUCACUCCUAAUUAUCCACAUUAAUAAUUAAUCCAAGGCUGAAACCACAGAGGGAAAUCUGUCCAGAGUUUCAUUCCAACAUGCAUAUAUCCACACUGAAAGAAACAUUCCUUUACUCACUAUUAGAAAAGCAGAUGUGACUGUCCACUGAUUUUGCCCACAUUUUGCAAGCAUAACGGAACUAGCUUGAUACCUUCAGUAAUCCUCUAUAAUGGCUUAAUGCCAUCAGUCGUGUUUGCUGUCAGGCUCUGAAGUAUGGAUAUGUCUAUUUUGGAGUGAAACUCUUUAAGAUGUGCGUGUCUGUUUUUCCAGACUCCAACUGUAAUGAAAGCACAUAGACAUAUCUCCCUGUGCCUAAUGUGUUUAUUGGUUCAAUUCAAAUCCUUCAGUGUGUUGUACAGCCUUGGAUGGAUAUUAACUUGAUCUUCGCUUUAUCUGCCUGUCAGCGGGCUUUUAUUCAGUCCUCUUCUUUCAUUUGAGUGACGAGGAACAGGGCUUUCCUUCUGUUUUUUAAUUGCAUGUAACUGCAGGUAGCAUACUAAUGGUUUCUGUCUGUUAAAGAGUUCAACUUUCUCUUUCAACCUCCCACUUUCAGUUAUGAUAAUCGACUCAGUAGAUCCACACUGUUGACAGUUUUAAGAAAUUAAAGCAGCUGUUAAUUUAAGGGGAAAGCAGCUGUUUAGAGAAAAUGAGAAAGAACAUUAAUUAAAAACACCAAAAGAUGUUGUGUGUCCCUGUUUUGAUAUUUAAUAAGUAAACUUGCUCAGCAGGUACCGCCUGAGUCUCUGAUCAUUUCAGUUUAAUCAACACUCAGUGUUGUUAAGCACUUUGCUCCUAAUAUGUUGAUGCAGUUUUUUUCUGUUAUCAGUUUGAGAUAUCAAUCAAGGAGAUCUUUGUAUUCUGUGGAACUUUUUAAUCGAGGGCACUGAUGCUCAUGAAAAGCAACAAUGAUCCAAAGUGAGAUAACGUGUUAGAGUGCACAAAAGAUGCUGCGGUUCCCCUUCAUUAGUGUUUAAAAUGAAAACAGGGAGCUUGUAGCUUGUAGUAAUGUUUUCAAGCUGGCCUGUCUUGAUUUUUAAUCCUGCGUUUUAGCCCCACUGAGCCUGGAUUGCAGGCUGUACUUACCUGCUGGACAGGUAGGAAGUAAAAAACAAAGAAGUUAAACAAAAAUUCCAGUGAAUGACAGAGCAGCUACACUGAACUGCUUUCUUGCUGCUUCUUUUGUCCUGUCUUUCAGUGUUUGUUUGUGAACUUGCUGUCUGUGUUGAGGAUUUGACAUCAUGUCCCGGCUGGUUUAUUAUAGUGUGUCUUCUAAGAGGCUUACAGGGCCAGCCAAUUAGUUGCUUCAUGUCUUUUGUUUAUGGCUUUGGUGUAAUCCUGUCGAAGAAAUAGAGGAAUGGGCUUUUUCUCGCCAUCUGUCACUUUAGGUGUGUUUUGACCACUAUGGAGCACUGCACCUAUAACUAAAUUAGUUCCUCUCUCACACAACAACAAGCAGAAAUUAUGAAAAUCUUUUAGAAUUUUCUUUUUUAUACACCCUCCCUGCUGGGAGAAAUUGACAUAUUUUUCAGCAGGUCAUUGUCACACAGAGAUAAUGUGAUGAGCGUGGGCUCUCACGCUCUGUGACAUUUUCCCCAAGGCAUUCGUAAUUGACUGCAGAAACAAAUAAGUUGUCAGAAACUGUGAUUGGUUAUUCAGCGAAACCAGUCAGCAGCAGCUUUAAUAUGAAAAAGACAGUCUAAAGGUUGAAGGAGGAAUCACAAACCUCUCUCUGCAAGGGACAAUCAGCAGAUGUGAGUCAAGAAAAUGAGCUCCCUCCCCGAUGAUGAUAGGCCUGUCCGCGAGGCGAGUGUGUCCAUCAGGUGAACCCUGCAUAGCCUUAAACCUUAAUAAUAAAGUGCACUAGAGUAGAACCCAGCAUCUUCUCAGGAGAGAGAGGAGAGCUUUUAUACCUCUGCUUUGAAACGAAGGACAUGUUUGUACUAUAAAAGUGGUACAGAAUUGUUUCAUUCCCAACCAUGUAAAAAAGGGCAAAGACAAAUUUGUAAAUAUGAUUUAUGUAUAAAACAAAUCAAAUGUAAAAAAAAAAAACAAAAAAACUGUUUUGUUGGUGAUUUAUUGCAACAUUUUGUAAGAAUGUUUUAUUUAUGUUUUUUUCUCACCCUCUGGGUGAUGUAAAGUCAUAUUUCUCCAUAAUAAAAAAUCAUAACAGA